AUGCGUCUUACCAGCAUCUUUUUACUCUUAACCGGGUCCGCCUGGGUUGGAGCCAGCCCUGUCACGCCCAAUGACAACGAGCUAGUCGCCAGACAGUCCGGUUCCAACUACUGGGUUGACAGCAUCAAACACCAAGGCGCCGUCGCUUUUGGGGGCAGCGCCGACUACCAAGUAUACCGAAAUGUGAAGGAGUUCGGUGCCGUUGGUGAUGGCACGACGGACGACACUGCCGCCAUCAACAAGGCCAUCUCUUCGGGAUCUCGCUGCGGUAAAGGCUGUGACUCGGCUACCACCAAGCCAGCCGUGGUCUACUUCCCUCCUGGUACCUACAUGGUCUCCAAGCCCGUCGUCCAGUAUUACUACACUCAAAUGAUUGGUGAUGCUCUCAGCCUCCCUGUUAUCAAGGCCUCCGCAGACUUCACCGGUAUGGCUGUCAUCGAUGCCGACCCAUACGAGGACGAUGGCUCCAACUGGUACACCAACCAGAACAACUUCUUCCGUUCAAUUCGUAACUUUGUCGUCGAUAUUACUGCUCUGCCCCAAGGCUCCGGUGCCGGUAUCCACUGGCAAGUCGGACAGGCCACUAGCUUGCAGAACAUCCGCUUCGAGAUGGUCAAGGGCGGCGGCGAGGCCAACAAGCAGCAGGGUAUCUUCAUGGACAACGGUUCUGGAGGUUUUAUGACCGACAUGACCUUCAACGGUGGAAACUAUGGUAUGUUCGUCGGUAACCAGCAGUUCACCAGCCGCAACUUGACAUUCAACGACUGCAACACUGGUGUCUUCAUGAACUGGAACUGGGCCUGGACCUUCAAGUCCAUUACCUUCAACAACUGCGAGCUCGGUCUGAACAUGUCGAACUCUCCUUCCAACCAGACUGUCGGUUCCGUUUUGCUGCUCGACUCGGACUUUGUCGAUACCCCGACGGGUGUUGUCACUGCCUGGGGCAAAGAAAGCAUCCCUGUUGGCGCCGGCACUCUGGUUCUGGACAAUGUGGACUUUAGUGGCUCCAAGGUCGGUGUUGCCUCUAUUGACGGCAGCGAAGUAGUUGCGGGUGGCAAGGUUGUGGAAAACUGGGUUCAGGGUGGUGUCUACCGCCCAGGCCAGAGUGCUAGCAAGAGAUCCAUCCAGGCCCAGGCCCAGCCUGUUGAGGAAGAAGAAGUGGUGGUCGAGACAAUCGUCGAGACAGUCUACGAAUGCGGCUCUACCACUGUUCCCAAGCCUCCUGCAACGAGCACGGAAUCGGGCACGGACGACGUGGAGACUACUGGUGCACCUCUGCCCUCAGGUGGCCAGAUCGACUCGCAGACCGAGGGUGGUGCUUCCACUGUCACUAACGGACCCGCCGCUCCAGCAACCACUGCGGAUAGCACUGCUGCCGACAUCUCCGAGGCCGUUCCGUCUGGCACUUCUGAAUCAACCCCAGCAUCGUCCGGAUCCAGUCAUGGAUCUAAUGAUUCCAGUGGCUCCAGUGGCUCCAGCGGUAGCAGCGGCAACUCAGGCCAGUGCGUAGCCAAGGAGGUCACCAGGACUCGUGUCCAGACUGCCGUCCCAAUCAACAAGCCCAAGGCGCUCCUCAACAGCGACAGCGGCAAGGUCUUUGAACGCUCCAAGCCUCUGUACGAAAGUUACGCCGCUUCGUCGUUCGUCAGCGUCAAGUCCGCUGGUGCUAAGGGUGAUGGCAAGACCGAUGACACCGCAGCUAUCCAAAAGAUCCUCGACAGCGCCACCAAGGACCAGAUCGUUCACUUUGACCACGGUGCCUAUGUCCUAACUGACACCGUCAAGGUCCCCAAGAACAUCAAGAUCGUUGGUGAAGUCUGGCCCGUCCUCAUGGCCCACGGCGAAAAGUUCUCUGAUGAGCAGAACCCCAUUCCUCUCCUUCAGGUCGGCCAAGCUGGCGACACUGGCUCCGUGGAAAUCAGCGACAUCACCCUUGUGACCAAGGGCCCUGCCCCUGGCGCCAUUCUCAUGGAGUGGAACAUUGCUGAAGAGGCCCCUGGCUCUGCUGGAAUGUGGGACGUCCACUUCCGUGUCGGUGGUUCCGCAGGCACUGAGCUUCAGUCCGACAAGUGCGCUAAGACGCCCAAGACCGACACUACCCCGAACAAGGAGUGCAUUGGUUCCUUCAUGCUUCUCCACCUUACGGAGAAGUCUACCGCAUACCUCGAGAACGUCUGGUCCUGGACUGCCGACCACGAGCUUGACCUCGAGGACCACAACCAGAUCAACAUCUACAACGGCCGUGGAAUCCUCGUCGAAUCCAAGGGCCCCGUCUGGAUGUACGGUACCGCGGCCGAGCACAACCAGCUUUACAACUACCAGGUUAACAACGCCGAGAGCGUCUUCAUGGGUCUGAUCCAGACGGAAACUCCUUACUUCCAAGCCAACCCCGAUGCCCUCGAGCCCUUCACCCCUCAAGAAUCAUGGAACGACCCUGACUUCUCCACCUGCACCACCGAGGCCUGCAAGAAGGCCUGGGGGCUGCGCGUGAUCAACUCCUCCAACGUCUUCGUCUACGGCGCCGGCCUGUACAGUUUCUUCGAGAACUACGGCCAGACAUGCCUUGGCGACUCCUGCCAGGAGAACAUGGUCCAGGUUGACUGCUCGGACGUUCACAUCUUCGGUCUCAGCACCAUCGCCACGACGAACAUGAUCGCCUCGUCCGAUGGCAAGAGCCUAGUCCCGCAAGAGGGUAACGAGAGCACAUACUGCUCCACGAUUGCGUUGUUCGAGCAGACAUCACAGGCAUGA